AACACAGCUGGAGAUUGUGCUAAUAGCUUAGGACGUCUGUUUCCGUGAGCAGGUAACAACUUUUUGAAACAAAUUCCCUCAUCUGCUGAAGAAGGGGGACAAAAACGGCCCCUAUCGCCCAGAACCGUUGCGAGGAUUUAGCUAGCUGGUGACGCCGGAGCACGGAGUUGUACAGGUAGCCAGCAACACCCACACGAGCCCGCGGUUACCCUGGCCGCGCGGCUACUGUAGAGCGGGCUGGCGGCGAGCGGGCGGGGCGGUAUCACGCGGGAGGGGCGGGGCGCGCUCGUCGGCUGAUCGCACGAUUGUGACGCGCCGCCGGAGGCAGGCCGGGCCCUCAAGAUGGCGGCGGGCGCCCAGAGCGGCUCGGCCCGGCAGUAGUGGUGGGACGGCACUAGCUGCUGGGGCCUGCCGCCCCGGGAGUGGCUGCAGCAGCGCCAGGAAUCGAGGAUGGUAAAAUGACCCAGGGGAAGAAGAAGAAACGGGCCGCGAACCGCAGUAUCAUGCUGGCCAAGAAGAUCAUCAUUAAGGACGGAGGCACGCCUCAAGGAAUAGGUUCUCCUAGUGUCUAUCAUGCAGUUAUCGUCAUCUUUUUGGAGUUUUUUGCUUGGGGACUAUUGACAGCACCCACCUUGGUGGUAUUACAUGAAACCUUUCCUAAACAUACAUUUCUGAUGAACGGCUUAAUUCAAGGAGUAAAGGGUUUGUUGUCAUUCCUUAGUGCCCCGCUUAUUGGUGCUCUUUCUGAUGUUUGGGGCCGAAAAUCCUUCUUGCUGCUAACGGUGUUUUUCACAUGUGCCCCAAUUCCUUUAAUGAAGAUCAGCCCAUGGUGGUACUUUGCUGUUAUCUCUGUUUCUGGGGUUUUUGCAGUGACUUUUUCUGUGGUAUUUGCAUACGUAGCAGAUAUAACCCAAGAGCAUGAAAGAAGUAUGGCUUAUGGACUGGUUUCAGCAACAUUUGCUGCAAGUUUAGUCACCAGUCCUGCAAUUGGAGCUUAUCUUGGACGAGUAUAUGGGGACAGCUUGGUGGUAGUCUUAGCUACAGCAAUAGCUUUGCUAGAUAUUUGUUUUAUCCUUGUUGCUGUGCCAGAGUCGUUGCCUGAGAAAAUGCGGCCAGCAUCCUGGGGAGCACCCAUUUCCUGGGAACAAGCUGACCCUUUUGCGUCCUUAAAAAAAGUCGGCCAAGAUUCCAUAGUGCUGCUGAUCUGCAUUACAGUGUUUCUCUCCUACCUACCGGAGGCAGGCCAAUAUUCCAGCUUUUUUUUAUACCUCAGACAGAUAAUGAAAUUUUCACCAGAAAGUGUUGCAGCGUUUAUAGCAGUCCUUGGCAUUCUUUCCAUUAUUGCACAGACCAUAGUCUUGAGUUUACUUAUGAGGUCAAUUGGAAAUAAGAACACCAUUUUACUGGGUCUAGGAUUUCAAAUAUUACAGUUGGCAUGGUAUGGCUUUGGUUCAGAACCUUGGAUGAUGUGGGCUGCUGGGGCAGUAGCAGCCAUGUCUAGCAUCACCUUUCCUGCUGUCAGUGCACUUGUUUCACGAACUGCUGAUGCUGAUCAACAGGGUGUCGUUCAAGGAAUGAUAACAGGAAUUCGAGGAUUAUGCAAUGGUCUGGGACCGGCCCUCUAUGGAUUCAUUUUCUACAUAUUCCAUGUGGAACUUAAAGAACUGCCAAUAACAGGAACAGACUUGGGAACAAACACAAGCCCUCAGCACCACUUUGAACAGAAUUCCAUCAUCCCUGGCCCUCCCUUCCUAUUUGGAGCCUGUUCAGUACUGCUGGCUCUGCUUGUUGCCUUGUUUAUUCCGGAACAUACCAAUUUAAGCUUAAGGUCCAGCAGUUGGAGAAAGCACUGUGGCAGUCACAGCCAUCCUCAUAAUACACAAGCGCCAGGAGAGGCCAAAGAACCUUUACUCCAGGACACAAAUGUGUGACGACUGAAAUCAGGAAGAUUUUUCUAUCAGCACCCAGGUCUUAGUUUUCACCUCUAGUUCUGGAUGUACAUUCCAUUUCCAUCCACAGUGUACUUUAAGAUUGUCUUAAGAAAUGUAUCUGCAUGAACUCCGUGGGAACUAAAGGAAGUGGGAACUUAGAACCGGACAGUUUUCCAAAGAUGUUACAAUUUCUUUUGAAAAACCUUUUGUUUAUUAGCACCAAUUUCUUGCCACUAAGCUAUUUGUUUUAUUAUACAUCCUUUAAUUAAAAACUAUAUAUGUAACUUCUUAGAUAUUAGCAAAUGUCUCUGCUACCAUUUCCUUAAGGUGUUGAGCUUUAACUCUAUGCUGACUCAGUGAGACAGAGUAGGUAGUAUGGUUGUGGACCUAUUUGUUUUAACAUUGUAAAAUUUUGAGUCAGAUUUUAAUAUUGUAAAAUCUUGGGUCAAAUAAUUCAAAGCCUUAAUGCAGAUGCACUAAAACAAAGAAAUGGUAAAUGAAUUGUUUGCAUUUAAAAAAAAAAACUCUUAAGAAAACUACUAAAUCUGAAUCAUGUUUUGAGCUUGUUUGCAGUACUUUUAAACAUUAUUCACUACUGUUUUUGAAGUGAGAAAGUAUCAGCCAUUUAGCAUUUAAGUUGGGGUAUUUAGAGCCUGUAGUCUAAAUGCUGGCUCAAAUUUAUUCCCCAGCUACUUCUUAUACCACUAUUCUUUUAAUGUUUGCAUAAUCAUAAGCACCUCAACACUUGAAUACAUAAUCUAAAAAUUAUAUAGUAAAGCUGGUAGCCUUGAAAAUGUCAAUGUGAUAUCUAUAUGUAGAUAAAUAUAUAUAGUGGCCUUUCAGGACUGUCACAGUAACACUUUAUUUACAGAGCUAAUGUUUGUCCUAAAUUUUCAGGACCCUAGAGGAGAGCUUUAUACAAUUACCGAUGUGAAUUUCUCUAAAGUGUAUAUUUUUGUGUCCAGUUAUAUUAUUUAAAAAAGUGUUACUUUGUAAAAAUUGUAUAUAAAGUACUGUAUAGUUUA